CCUUUUCUUACACACCAGACAGAUAUUAGAAAAUGCCAUCGUUACUGGACUUCAACACUGGAUCUCUCGCAGGCCCGCAAGCUGGAAAGCAAUGGAUCACCAACAACAGGACGACGCAGACCUGGAGCGUCCAACAACAUCUCCACCGACGAACGACUCCCCUGCUGAAUCCCGAAGACAAUGGGAUGCCCGUGAAGUGAUUGGCAAGAUCGCAACUACGAACUUUGCAGUUUUCUGUGUAGGAUUCAACGAUGCUGCUCUGGGAGUUCUAAUCCCAUAUAUCCUACCCUCCUACGGUAUCGGCCUGCUUCAAGUCUCGUACAUUUAUCUAGUCAACUUCGUCGGACUAUUCCUAGCAUCACUCGCCAAUAUCCAUGUUUGCUCACAUCUAGGGACCGGCGGGACACUCAUCCUAGGGGCCACAAUCCAGUGUUGCGGAUAUGCGUUAAUGGCGUGCGCCCCGUCCUUCCCCGUUUUCCUGAUCGCCUUCUUCUUCAGCGGCGCUGGCGUGGCGUUCCAAGAAGCCCAGGCGAACAGCUUUGCCGUGACCGUCCGCAACUCCCAUCGCUGGCUGGCCAUCUUGCAUGCCGUCUAUGGAGCCGGGACUAUAUGUGCCCCCUUGGUGGCGAACACUGUCGCCUCGCGCACUCCAACCUGGCAAUUUUAUUAUCUGAUUACCUUUGCCCUGGGGCUCGUCAACCUCUCGCUGUUGGCUUGGUCAUUCCGGGAUGGGCUCUUCCAGCCGAAUGUCGUCAAUGCUAAAGACACCGCAGGACGCGAGUUACGCGCAACCCUUCAACAUCCGGCUGUCUGGUUUCUUAACGGGUUCUUCUUCCUUUACGUUGGCGCGGAGAUCAGUGUGGGAGGAUGGCUGGUUCAAUUCCUGGUGUCUGUGAGGCAUGGAGAUCCAGAGAAAGUAGGCUACAUUGCCUCUGCUUUCUGGGCUGGCUUCACUCUGGGCCGUGUUACUCUGGCAGAUAUCACACAUCGAUUCGGAGAACGACGGAUGAUUUUUGUAUACGUAACCUUGGCACUAAUACUGCAGCUUAUGUUCUGGCUGAUUCCCAACAUUAUCGCCAACGCUAUUACAGUUUGCUUGCUAGGAUUUUUCAUCGGUCCAUUCUACCCGGUAGGGCUUUACGUCCUUACCAAGGUGGUUCCCGAGGAACUUCACCUAGGGGCAAUCGGUUUCACCGCUAGCUUUGGGUCCGCUGGAUCUGCUGCGUUUCCAUUUUUAACUGGAGCUGUAGCUUCCCGCGCGGGGGUGCAGGUUCUGCAGCCGAUAAUGAUAGCCUUGUUGCUUGGAGUUGCAUUCUUUUGGGCGCUGGUUCCAAGACAAGAACGCAUAAUGCUGACGUAGGGGAGAAUUCCGAGGACACAUUCCAGAUGCCGGUAGCUCAUUACCGGAUGUUACGUUUCGGUGGCGGGAUCCCUAGAGCAAUAUAGAGGCACUAUCACUCUCGUGAGAUAGUUAGCACAUAUACUUGAUAAAACUUGGUUAAGAACUCGCAGAAAAGACUAGUUCAGAGAGAAGAUUUAAGUCGUCAAAGCCUUACACAUCUACCAAAUGGUAUGGCGUUC